AUGCCUCAGAUCAACGGACAAGAAGUCGGCCGUACUGGCUAUGGCCUGAUGGGCUUCACCUGGCGCCCUAGCCCUCCUCCGCAGGAGCAGGCCUUCGAGGCUAUGCGUGCCGCCAUCCAAAACGGCAUGAUCUUUUGGAACGGCGGAGAGUUCUAUGGCACGGACGAGUACAACUCCAUGACCCUGCUCGACAGGUACUUCGAGAAGUAUCCCGAGGACGCCGACAAGGUCGUCCUCAGCAUCAAGGGCGCCUUCUGGAUGAGCCCCUAUCCCCACGCCGACGGCUCGCGGGAGGGGAUCCGGAAAUCCGUCGACAACGUGCUGAAGCAGCUCAACGGCCGUAAGAAGGUCGACAUCUUUGAGUGCGCUCGCCGCGACCCCAACACGCCCCUGGAGGUCACCUUUGCCGCUUUGCAAGAGUACAUCGACCAGGGCCUGAUAGGCGGCAUUUCGCUGAGCGAGGUGUCGGCAUCCACCAUCCACGAGGCCGUCAAGCACGCCAAGAUCUCGGCCGUCGAGGUCGAGCUCAGCCUCUUCACCCCUGACGUUCUCACCAACGGCGUGGCUGCCGCAUGUGCGCAGUACAACAUCCCGCUGGUGGCGUACGCGCCUCUCGGAUGGGGGAUCCUGACAGGCCAGUUCCGGAGCCAAGACGACGUGCCCGAGCACCUGCGGCAGUUUGAGCGCUUCUACCCGGAGAACUUCGACAACAACCUGCAGCUCUUCAACCUGGUCAACGACCUGGCCAAGAGGAAGGGCUGCACCCCGGCGCAGCUGGCGCUCUCGUGGGUGCGGUGCCUGUCGCGGCGACCGGGCAUGCCGAAAACCAUCAUCCCGAUCCCGGGGGCGACCACGGCCGCGCGCGUCAACGAGAACGCGCAGCAUUUUGAUCUGACCGACGCAGAGAUGGACCAGCUUGACGAGGUGCUUGCCAAAUUUGAGGCCAAAGGAGCCAGGUACGCCGCCGGUUACCCGACAAACACCUGA